GGAAUCGUGGAUAUAGGGGUGGGAUCAGAUCGAUAAGUCAGGCAAGACGGCGACGGCAAUACAAGCUGCCUCAACGUCAAAGAAUUUUUUUUCUUAUAUAAGAAGUCGCUCAAAAGAUGUUUCCUACAUGGUAAUGGUCAAAAAGAAGUGGGGAAAAAGGGAAACCGAUGGAGAGCGGACCAAGGAUGCUCAAACCGUACCGAUACUUCAACACGCGAACUCGGACUGGCCAGACGCGUCUCAUACUUACUCGGCUAUCCGGCAGAGUUUUCGCUUACAGAGUGGUGAACGUUAGCUGGUUUCAGGCCAUACCUAAGUUUGAUUCCUCGCCGUUUUUUUAACUAUUGUCUUUUUAGUAAUAUCUAAGUAACACUUAACGUUUCUUAUUUACAUUUCAUUAUACAAUAAAUGUCGUCAUUGCUAACGAAAUUCACUGAUAUGGGUCCUCUUAGACGAUUCGAUUUCUCUGUAAACCGCUCGGCCGUGGGAUCAGCGGAACAAGCAACCUAUAUCAGAAAGGAAGAAAAACAAGCAACUUAUACCAAAAAGGAAUAAGAACAAGCAACCUACACCUAAGUUUUUGCUUAUGUAUCCAGCAUAUAAGGCUAUCAUGGAACGUAGCAUGGAAUAUGAUCAAGACAAUGUUGGUUUAAUUCAAAACAUCAGCUGAUAUUGCCACUAACUGAUAGUUACACUGAUUUGCCUCCGGGUCCAAUCAGGUCCCAAACGAUAGGUCCUGAUGCUCUUACCCAUUCUACAACGAUUUCUAAAGCAUACUACGGUGUGAUAUUUUACAUGUCCCCAUCCCUUGCGCUCGCUCUUCUGAUUCACAUCAAUUUCCAGAUGAGAAUUACGAUAAACUUGUUAAUUUUUGCAUAACUGAGGGGUAGGCAGUUCCUUAAGAUAAUUGGGUACAUUUCAUGUUCGAAAAUCAUCGAACCAAUCUUGCAAUUGCUUUUUUUAAAGGUAUUUGUUCCAAUUUUCUUUAAUUAAUAAAACAUUUUAUGCUUUGCUGGAGGUCCUUAGCAAUUGUUCAUCUUUCAAAGUUUAAAGGUAAUCACAUUAAGCGCUUUUUGCCAAAAUCCAUGGUCCAUCUCCUGUGUCUUCAAUUUCUUUUAACUUGGAAUAAAAACCAAUACUAAAAGUGCUUCCCUGAUAACUUAGGCUUACACACGGUUGUGACAAAAUGAUUUUUUUAGACAGUUACGUUGAGUUUCCGUCUUAAGUAAAUUGUUUCUCCGAAAUAGUUGCCUACUCGCAGUAAGUCAUAUUUCCACAAUUAUCGAAGUUAAUCGAAACAUUUAAUUCUCUGAAUUGUUGUUACAAUAUUAUAUUAAUUACAUUAUUUUCUCACGUUGUUUAAUUGUCUUAUUUUUCAUAAAAUAAUAAUAAUUAUAAUUUUUAUAAAACGCAAACGAAAUGAAUAAUCGUACCAAGUCGGUUGACUGGUAUUAUACGGAAUCUAAUCCUAGUUGCAAAACACCAAAAACAACCACCCAGGAAAUGCUGGAGGCUGGAGCAUUACUCGGUGGUAUACGACAAAAAAUUAGCAUUCGUAAGCAAUUGAAUUUUCAAUCUUAUCCAAUAAGCGACGCGGACGUGAUCAAAAAUCGAAAGGAAGCGGAAAAAAGAAAAGUUGAGAUCACAACGUCAUACAAACGCGACUAUAUGGAGCAUUAUCCGGACACAUGUCCGAAAAAACUAGUAUCGGAAUUUACACCAGAUCCGUUAUUUAAUCGCAGACCUUUGUCUGAUUUUCCAUCAACUGAAGCAUCAGCGUUUAAAUUUAUGGACGAUCAUUUUAUAAAUUUAUCCGAAAAUCGAAAGAAAAUUAACUUCUUAAGGCAAUUAAGAAAUGUCCACCAUCCGUUCAUUUAA